CUCUCGCUUCGUCUCCCCCCUCGCCACUCACUCGUCUAUAGACUCCCGCGUGCCAGUCAUCGCGGCUCGAGGAAACACCGGCUCAUCUGCCUCCCAGCUUCCUCGGCCCCGCUUGGAGGCAGGGAGGCAGGGCCAGGGCGCAGUUCAGGAGACGGGAGGAGGGUGGGGGGGGGCGUUUGCUCCUUCGCUCUCUCACAGCCAGGCUUCAACCGACACCCCACCCCCCGACUUUCUGCACCGGGGGGACAGAGGAGCUGCCUCCUGGAAUGCCAGCCUUCUUGCGUCCUUGUUUUUGUCAUCAAGCUGGUCCCGCUCCCAUGAAGAAGUUGAACUGGGCAUAAGGAAGAGGUGGGGGGUGGGGCAGAAGAGCAGAGAAGUGCGACGGAGGUUGGGGGGGCGAAUAAAACCAAGAGGAAAGGGAAUGACCCCCUGCAUCUCUGCCCUCCUCAACUUGCCGAUUUUUCUCCAAUCGCUUGCCGAGAUCUAUGCGGAUUACUCCUGGGAACAUGUAGCGCUGUGGCAGAAUCGCAGCAUGAACCUGGACGGCCUGGAGAUCAUAGCCGUCCUGGUGGUCAUGGGACUCUUCGUCAAGGUCCUGGAGCAGUUUGGGCUCUUCGAGCCGGUCGGAGCCGCGUUCUUUGAAGACAGCAUCGAGGAUGACUUUGAGCUGUCCACUGUGUGCUACCGGCCCGAAGGCCUGGAGAAGCUGUUGGAGCAAACCAAGUUCACCAAAAAGGAGCUGCAGAUCUUGUACCGAGGCUUCAAAAACGAGUGUCCCAGUGGAGUGGUCAAUGAGGAGACCUUCAAGCUGAUCUACUCACAGUUCUUUCCCCAGGGUGAUUCCAGCACGUACGCACAUUUCCUGUUUGACGCAUUUGACACCCAAAAGAAUGGCUCUGUCAGCUUUGAGGACUUUGUCGCAGGCCUGUCCAUCAUCCUCAGGGGAUCGAUCAAUGAUCGGCUCAACUGGGCCUUCAACCUGUACGACCUCAACAAGGAUGGCUGCAUCACCAAAGAGGAGAUGACAGACAUUAUGAAAUCAAUUUACGACAUGAUGGGGAAGUGCACGUACCCCUCCAUGAAGGAGACUGCCCCCAGUGAACAUGUGGAGAACUUCUUCCAGAAAAUGGACCGGAACAAGGAUGGCGUGGUCACCAUUGACGAGUUUAUUGAAUCGUGUCAAAAGGAUGAAAACAUCAUGCAGUCCAUGCAGCUAUUUGACAAUGUCAUCUAAGACGUUUCGUUUCCAUGGAGAUGGAGGGAUGUUGGCCCCAAGAGGGGGUGGACGUGGGGAGAGCUCUGAGUGCAUGCAGUCUGGACUCCUUCCUAACCCUCCUGGCCGACCCUCUGACUCCACUUGCUCCAGUGACCUUCCGAAACACCCCUCCCCUAAGCCACGCUCCGACAACGACCCCAAAGAGAGGCAGCCCUUUGGAUUCCUUUUGGAUUCCCUCCUUACCCUGGGCCGAAGGGACACAACGGAGGUCCGACUGACUCUGACUACCAGACAAACGGACAGCAAACGUUUGUUUCAAGACCAUCUUCAUCUCGACUCCAUCCGCCAAUGCAGGGGAGCUCGAGGGGCGUGGGGUGGGGUGUGUUGGGGCUCUCAGUUCCACCAGGAGUGACGACUUGGACCUGAGGGACCUGAACAGACCACCGACAAGAGCGACAGGGUUUCAAAAACAGCAUGAUGUUCCAGCUGUCACCGGUGUCAGUGCUCCUGCAGCUUCUUUUCUGGAUGUUCUGUAUUCCACCCCCUGCUCUCUAAUUCAGUCUGCUAGCAGCGAGACCCAGCUGGGCACCACUUCCUGUCUUCUGUUUUUAUUUGCUGUUUUGCCUCUACCAUCUUUUUUUAUCAUGCGCAAACUUACAUCUUCAGUCUUGAUUUACUCUCCCAAUUUGAAACCUGGCAUCGCAAAAGGCACCGACUUAUCCGCAGUGUGAGUGAGCUUUAAAUUUUGAUUACAUUGGGUAUGUUUCCAGUCUCGGUUGCCAUGGAGAAACUCUCACUUCGGGGGUGGGGUCAGGGGGGCGAUGGACAGCCAGAUACAGAAGAUCAGUGGGAAUGCCAGAUCAGAGCCCCUCCUGUGCAGCGCUUCUCAUUCGUACCGCGGCAAACUUUUCUGCACUGUUGCUGGCAAAGCAGACAGGAAGUAAUGGCUGCCGGGUGGCUCCCCCUGCUGGACCUGAACCGAAAGCUCAGUGUCCAGCUGCUCGUUCGCUCCCUCCUUCAGGGAACAUUGCAGCCAUCGGAUGGACUUGUUGGAUGUUAAAACUCAUAUGCUUCCGCGGUUGGUGUCAACUGACUGGAAGUUUUGUACUUCUGGAUUAAACCGCGUCGUGUGGGACAUUGGUUCCAAUGUUUCGCUUCUCUUGUUGGAAGAAUCGUCAGGGAGCUGCGACAUCUUGUAAAGGCUGGAUGUUGGAUGUUGGAUGGUAUCGGUCGUGGAAUUGCGAUAAGCCGUGUCGCUGUUUUAUUUCCUCUUAGAGGUAUAAUUCAUUGGUCCUGCUUUCCAACUUUCGAUGGGGAGCAAUCAUUCUUCCUCAUUGGUGUGUCUCCACCAUUGACUGCGGUAUACGUCCUGCCAUGAGGUAACCUCUCGGCUUACUGAUUUUCUCUGGGUUUCUGUCCAGGGUUUCAAAAUAUCCACGCGAUUAAUAAAACAACAUCCAGGAUGUAAGGAAUUUCACCAAGUGUUCCAGUCACUCACCGAUUCCGUCUAAUAUGCGGGCUUUAAAUCCGAAAAGUUAGCUUGCCGUGGUGAGAGUGUUUCCUACGUUCAGGUUUCAUACUGCAUGUGUCAGAGAGGCGUCUGCAUGUUUCCAGUUGCCUGGAGUCAGAGCUGUAUCACUCAGUGGAUAGGCAUUAGACCCCUGUAAACAGCACUGAGGGACCUGUAGUGUGUAAAGAAAGCAACGGGCUUGGAGGGGGUGUUACAGCAUCCAGCCCAGCCACUAUGGGAGCUCUUACAGAGAGCUGAGUCUAAUACAGAAUUAUAAAUGAGUAGAGUGAGGUGAAGGUCAGGGUCACACUUGGGGGACACAGCGAGUGAUGAAUGAAAUACGAUGGAGGACAGCGGCGCUCCUCAUCACCCCAGAUCCCCGCUGGAUUUUAAAUAUUACAUGUUUUUCCUCAGUGGACACUGUUUUAGCUUUUUUAAAGAGAACCUCGUGGAAGUUUAUACCUAUCUAGACAAAUGUACACUGACGUGUGAGGAAUUAUAAUCAGAAAAAAGGGUUCAGAGCUUCUGCGGAACAAUGUUUCUUAUGGAAUCUCAAGCAAUAAUUUGCUGGUUUCUUUAUCCGCAGUAUGUAUGUUGGGUACUUCGUCUUUAUAGUCACCAAAGCAGUUUAUAAUUUUGCCCUUUUCAACAGCAGGACAGUGUUACUGGAGUGAUUUGGACUUGGUACCCUUUAGAGGGGUACAGCAGUAAGGCCUCACCUUCGUAUUACUUACCUUGGAGCCUCCUGGACUAGUUUGGGUUAAUUACCUUGCUCAAAGGUAUAAAAGCAGACUCCCUCAUGGUACUUCACCAGGCAACCUUCAAGUGAAUGUCCCUAAACACCAACCUACCUGCAUGAGCUAAUCCUUCAGCUACUUAUUCCAUGUGGCACAAGGGCCAGUAGGAGGUUCUUGCAAAGCGUGCUCAACACCGCUGGAACGUUGCAAGAACCAACACACUUAUGAAGCCUACUUUUAUCGCUGGAUGUCUGGAUCCAUAACUGUCUGACUGAAAGGUGUCAAUAGCUGACACUUCCCAGGUAUCCCAUCAGUUCACUGUUGGCACCCUUGAUCCUUGACAGAACAUAUAAAAGUAGAAAAAGGGAAGUGAAAAUCAGUUCAUGAAAGACGGGUGCAUUCGGAUUACUGUACGUCUUGUUUAAAACCUUCAUCACAGCUCAUAGAGUAAAUAAAGAUGGUAGAAACAUAGGGCGUGUCUUGUGUUUGUAGCUCCUGAGUUCCUAGCAAAGGGGGGGAAAUCGUACAGUAAUUGCAUUAUGGGAUGUUUUUUCUCUGGGCAAUGUGGAAAUUUUGGAGGGAGAUCAUGUUCUGGAAGCUUCCCUGUGCUCGGUCACUGCCGCGUCUCCCAUAGGUCCCCUAUACUCGCAUGCUCUGUGUGUUGAACAGCGACUCUCAGUAACCCCAUCGUUACCUGCCGUGCGUCUAGUUAACUGGCCGCCACUGGCUGCUUCGAAUGUGUGUAUAAUUUUUGUACAGACGACAGUAACAAUAAAAAAAAAUCAC